AUGAAGCUCGCCAUCUUCUCCCUCCUCGCCUCGGUCGCGAGCGUCCGCGCAGCGGCUAGCAACACCAACUCUUCACACCCCAACAACCCUCUCACCGUGAGAACCUCAACCGGCACAUACACAGGCAUCAUCGACCUAGACGCCCCAAACACGCUCCAAUGGCGCUCCAUCCCCUUCGCCGAACCCCCCGUCGCAUCCCGCCGCUGGCUUCCUCCCGCAAAACUCCAACCCAACGACAAUAGUACCAGCAGACCCCAAUACGCCACAAAGUUCCCGCCAUCAUGUCCUCAAUUCGUAUCGUCCGUAGAAUCCAUGUGGAACCUGCCCCUCACAAAGGGGAACCUCAUCUACAACGGCGCCCAAAACGACACCUCGGGCCUGGAAGGCGAAGCAACCUCCGAAGACUGCCUCUACCUCGCAAUCUGGAAACCCACGACCCCGCCGCCCACGAAAGCCGGCUUCCCCGUCCUAUUCUUCAUGACGGGCGGCGGGUUCAUCAUGGGCGGCAUCGAUCUCCCCUGGCAAAUCCCGACCUCGUGGGUCGAGCGCUCCCAGUCGGCCAUCAUCGUGACGAUAAACUACCGCGUCAAUAUCUUUGGCUUUCCUAACGCGCGCGGGCUGGCCACGGAGGGCAUAUCGCAGAAUCUAGGCAUACUGGACCAACGCGCGGCUUUAGAAUGGGUACAAGAGAAUAUCGCGGCCUUUGGCGGCGACCCGGACCGCAUCAUGCAGUGGGGCCGGUCCGCAGGGUCCGUCAGCGCGGAUAUCCACGCCUACGCGUACUACGACGACCCGAUCGCCCAGUCAUAUUACAUGGAAUCCGGCGUCGUUCAGUCGGGCAUCGAAGCUGACUUAACAUACUCCAACUUUUCCUUUGUCGCGCAGAACGUGGGCUGCGGAUCCCCCUGCGGCGCGGACUGCGAAGACGAAGACGGCACGGCGGAGCUGGACUGCAUGCGCCGGGUGUCUCCCACGCAAAUCAGCAACUUCAUCGGACAAUACACCGACCGGGGCGAGGCGCCCGCGAUCUUCUUCUCCCUGGUCCAGGACGAACGCAUCAUCUUCCGCGACUACGAGGCCCGCGCAGCAGAGGGCAAGCUGGCCAGCCGUCCGGUCCUCAUCUCCCUAACAGCCAACGAAUUCUCCUCGCUGGUCCCCUGGCCGAAGGAGAACCUGACAGAAGGGCCCUGGCAAGCCUUGGUCACGGAGGCCGACGUCGCGUGGGUGUGCGGGGCGUACGCCGCCACCGUCGCGCGGAACCAGCUGAGCACCACCGAGGCCCCCGUGUUCCGGUUCCAGUAUGCGGCCGAGUUCCCCAAUCUGAAUGUGUACGACUGGCUGGGCGCGUAUCACAAUAGCGAGACACCUUUGGUGUUUGGAACGUAUGGGCUGUUGGAUCAUAUCGCGCCGACGACGGAGUUCGAGGUUGAGGUGAGCCACGCGAUGCAGGAUCGCAUCAUGGCGUUUGCUGAGGAUCCAUAUCAUGGUCCGCAGAAGAAGUUCGGAUGGGAACCGCGGGUUGUGAGUGAGGCGAACGGGGGAUAUGUCCUUCGGUUCGGACCGGGUGGAAAGGUGGUGGAGCGGAUUGAUGGUGUCGAGAUGGAUGGUGUGUGUACGGGGUUAGGCGAGUAUAAUCCAUUCCCGUAG